AUGUCGAACCAAUCAGUCGAAGAAGGGCGUGUCGCCGGCACCCACAAUGAGAAUCGCUCUACCUUGUUCAAGAUCUGGACCGAUUCUUGGUUCCAGAUCAGCUUGAUCAGUUUCAUCUGCUUCUGCUGCCCGGGAAUGUACAAUGCUCUCAGCGGUCUUGGUGGUUCCGGUCAAGUUAACCAGACCGUCGCUGCAAAUGCGACUGUAGCUCUCCUGGCCUGUACUGCCGGAACUGCACUCUUCGUUGUCGGCCCUAUCUUCGAUCGUGUGGGACCCAGAGUUUGUCUCUUGCUCGGAGGAUGGACUUAUGCAUUGUAUUCCGGCAGUCUUCUGUGUUUCAACUCAACCAACAAUGGUGCAUUUGUGAUUGCCUCCGGUGCCCUUCUCGGUGUUGGCGCAUCAUUCUUGUGGGUGGCACAGGGCGCCAUCAUGACUACCUAUGUGCCCGAAUCACACAAGGGUCGCGCAAUCGCAGUCUUCUGGAUUAUCUUCAACCUCGGUGGUGGCGUUGGAUCUCUCGCUAGUUUCGGCAUCAAUUUCAAGUCGACGAGCGGCACUGUUAGCGACUCAACGUACAUCGCCUUACUUACCAUCAUGGCCUUCGGAUGGGCCCUGGGAGUAUUCAUUUGCCCGCCAUCGUAUGUCAAAGGUGCCCAAUUGCAGAUCACACCGGAGAGCGAAAAGAACUUCCGCCACAUUCUUCGCCAUGCCAUCCUGACUAUCUGCAACUGGCGGGUGUUGUGUAUCCUGCCGCUCUUCUUCUCCGCCAAUGUUUUCUACUCCUACCAGCAGAAUGCUGUGAAUGGUAUGAACUUUAAUAUCCGGACGCGUUCGCUCAACGGCGCGCUUUAUUGGAUUGCGCAGAUGCUGGGUGGUCUCGUCAUGGGUCUCAUUCUCGACUUCCCGGGUCUGAACCGACCCAUGCGCGCUCGCAUCGCCUGGGUAUUCUUGUUCGUCACUGGAAUGGGCAUCUGGGGUGGUGGUUAUAAGUUCCAGUUGUGGUCUACUGCCCGUCUGGAUAAGGGCCUGAAGCAGGAUAUCGAUUACACACAGGGUAGCAUCUCAGUGGGCCCGAUGUUCCUCUACAUCUUCUACGGUGCUUAUGAUGCGCUGUGGCAAUCAUUCUGCUACUGGAUCGUGGGCGCUCAGUCCAAUUCCCCCGCUACAUCGGCCGUUCUGGUCGGAGCGUACAAGACCUUCCAGAGUGUUGGUGGUGCAAUGGCGUGGCGUAUCAAUGCCAUGAAGAAACCCGCGAUGACCCAAUUCGCUAUGGACUGGGGCCUUUGCAUGGGCUCAUUGGUUAUCGCUAUCCCAACCGUCCUGGCUAUCACUCUGACCAGUGAUGUAGAAACAAUCGCCGUCGAGGAGAAGGACUUCCCAGAGAUGAAGGAGCCCGAGGCCGAGGUGGUGAAGUCUUGA